GGCUCAUUGAAAGUGGCUGGCACUUUUCAGCUCGGACAUUUCCCGGUGCGUUUUGUUUGCACAAAGUUCAAAAGGCAGUUUAGGCUGCGGGAAAGGGAACCUGCCGCCGUCGAGCCUGACAAAUUGAAUGGUUGCCCGCGUUUGCACAAAGAGGCCAAUGGGUGUAGGUGGACCCAGGACAAAUAGAAUCCGGUCGCCGGAUCGUGAAUAGAGCUCUGGAGCUCCGACUGAUUGACUGGUGUCCAGGGGCCAGAGUACAGAGUCCAGAGUCGAGAAUGGAAAGUCCAGGGCUGUGUGCCACGUGAGCCAUGUUGACACACAGCAGCUAAAUAACAAAUUAAAGGAAAAAAACAUAAUCACGAAUGCAAGGGGUAAGCGCAGUCAAAUGGGGUUCAUUUUACAUUGCCAAAAUGCGAGAGAAUAGCGGGUGCUGUGUCCUGCAGGAUUGAGGCCAAAGGAGUCAGGGACAAAUCUCAGUGGCGAUAAAAAGGUGCUCAUUAAAUAGCAAAGGAAAAGUGAAACAGCAUUCGAAUGGAAAGCGAAAAGCUGCCGAGUGCAACCUGUCAUGCUCAACUAUGGAAAAACUUUUGCUAUAUAAGAAUGAAAGCAGGAAAAACCGGCAGCUAAGCUGUACGAAAAACGUGCUAAAACGUAAAUCAACAGCGAAAAUCGUGUUGAGCAUUUUUUCGUAGCUGAAAAGGCAUAAACAGCAGCUGCUCCGGGGGAACUGAAGUUGAAAAGUGCCCGAGGAAAAUUCAGAUGGACGGGGGAAAUGGGGAAAGUGGUGGGAAAAUCGGGGGCGGUAAGCCAAUGGCCAGUGGCAGGAAACGGUAGCAGUUGUCCUGCUGGCAAAGGAAGACGGGCUAAAGUGAACGCAAGCACACGCGACUGGACACCCAGCAGACGGCACAGGAAGAUUCCGACUUUCCACGAUUCGCGGAACCCAUUGCCAAUGUCACCGUUUCCGUGGGUCGAGAUGCCCUAAUGGCAUGUGUGGUGGAGAACCUCAAGGGCUACAAGGUGGCCUGGGUGCGGGUGGACACGCAGACGAUCCUAUCCAUUCAUCACAACGUGAUCUCGCAGAACAGCCGCAUCAGCCUGACCUACAAUGACCAUCGAUCGUGGUACUUGCACAUCAAGGAGGUUGAGGAGACGGAUCGCGGCUGGUACAUGUGCCAAGUGAACACGGAUCCCAUGCGCUCCAGGAAGGGCUAUUUGCAGGUGGUGGUUCCACCGAUGAUUGUCGAGGGCCUGACCAGCAACGAUAUGGUGGUGCGCGAGGGUCAGAACAUCUCGCUGGUUUGCAAGGCACGUGGCUAUCCGGAGCCCUACGUCAUGUGGCGACGCGAGGACGGCGAGGAGAUGCUAAUUGGCGGGGAGCACGUCAACGUGGUCGACGGUGAGCUGCUGCACAUCACCAAAGUGAGUCGCCUGCACAUGGCCGCGUAUCUGUGCGUCGCCUCCAACGGAGUCCCACCUUCGAUUAGCAAACGGGUCCACCUUCGUGUGCAAUUUCCGCCGAUGCUUUCCAUACCCAAUCAGCUGGAGGGAGCCUAUUUGGGCCAAGAUGUUAUACUCGAGUGCCACACGGAGGCCUAUCCAGCAUCGAUUAACUACUGGACCACGGAACGCGGGGAUAUGAUCAUAUCGGACACCUCGCGAGCCGGCGAUAAAUACGAGACCACAUCAACCGUCAGCGGUUACACAAAGUACAUGAAGUUGAAAAUCCGUGCCGUUGGACCCAACGAUUUCGGCACAUAUCGCUGCGUGGCUAAGAAUUCGCUUGGCGAAACGGAUGGAAAUAUAAAACUGGACGAAAUGCCGACACCAACUACUGCCAUCAUUUCAGAAAUGUCCUUGCUGAACCGCAGCUAUGAUGGCAAGAGACGUCAUAGAAAUAAAUUUGACUCGGCUAACGCUCUGCCUGAUUAUGGGGUUGAGGAGUGGCGUGACGGAGCCCAAGGCAACCAUGCUGGAAACAAUGGCGAUAACAAUCAAACGCCCGUGCGUAAUCCGCCCGGAGCAUUCCACAAUUCUGCAGGCUCACUGGCGCAGCAUAAUCUACUUGCUAAAAUAAUGCUCGGCAUUAAAACGCAAUCAUUUGGGAUUUUCAAACGUUUAUCGAGCUCUUUGCCGCUGGCGGCGGGACAGAGCCUUCUCUGGCUGUCGACGUUAUCGCUGGUCUCAGCCCCAAGUCGGUGGCGUAUGAGUAAUGUGGAAAAUCGGCCGAACUCACCGGAGACCGUUGUCAACAACGAUACCGCCGCCGAAUGCUGGGAGAGCAGAAGCCAUUGCGUGAGCGAAAGCAACAACAACAACAGCAACAGUCGCAUUACCGAACGCCCACAGAUGUGGGCGCGGCAUUCGCGCAUAUUUCACAUUGCUCAUACGCCGUGUGGCGCGUCAACGCAAUACCAACGCCUAUGCGAACGCCAAUGGCAAUGGCAAAGGCUGUGGCAGUGGCAGUGGCAAUGUCAGUGGAAGUGGCAACAUCAAUGGCAGUGGCCAAUGCUCAUUUGCAUAGUAAUAUUGGCUGGCUGUUUUGUUCGGUGGCUGCCAAUGUUGCUGCAUUUUAUCGGCCGGCACAUCGGAACAUUUUCUAUUAGCGCGACGCAUAGGCAACAUUUAAUGUGCACAUUUUGGGGCAACCGUGGUAAUACGGUUGUCGCCAAAAAUACCACCCCUGCCAGGCCAAGUACUUUCGAAAUGCUCUGCUCCCGGAUGUUUUCAAGAUGAAAUCAAAUAAUUGCAAAGGCAAAAAGAAACUCAUUUAGGGCACAAGCAGCUUGAAGAAUGAAAUCAAACCUUGGCCAGACGAGGACCAGGAUAACGAGGACGAAGUGGGACCUGCGAGCGGUCCAGACAACUGCAGUGGUUGAGAAUCAGAUAUAGAUAUGUUUAUACUAGAGCGUAAAAUGAAAAUCAUGUUAGGGACGAGCUGGCCAGAAGUGACAGCUGAAGUGCGGCAAAUAAUGAUGGCUACAUCCGACAUUCGGCAACUGAUGGGGCUUUAGAACUAAUCGGAAGUCUAACAAAAUGUUAUGUACCUAUUACUUUCAUAAAUGUAUUGAAAAACAAAAAAUAUAUUGAAAGCAUUUAAUCAUUUUUUUAUGGUUUUAUAUAAAUAAGGUUAUAUUACUAAACAAAAAGUCAUAUAUAUCUUCAUUUCAUUUCUCACAAUUAAUUUUCAAAGCAAUUAGAGAUCAUUAUGGUUUUUGUUCCCAUUACACAGGAAAGUAAAAAAUGUUUCAUUAUGUAUAAACCAAUUAAAAGAAAAUUAAUUAAUUAAAUCAACAAAAAAAUGCAAUACUGGAAUGGCAAAAAAACGGAAAUACGGUUAAUCAAAUUUGCAUUUAGAUGAAAGUAUUUACGCAUACUCAUACAUAGCGAAUUUACAUAGUAAAUUUAGCAGAAUUAUAAGAGCAAAUAAAAAUAAAACAAAAAAUUGAGAACCAAUAGCUAAAACAAAAAAGUGUUGUAUUAAGUAAUUUAUUGGAUUUAGAGCUGAUACUUAACAAACUAUUGAAAUUGUUUUAGCAAUUUGUUAACCCAAAAAUGAAGCUGUUAACAAUACGCUUAUUCAAUUAAUUUGGGUUGCAUUGCAAUUAAUAUAUGUUUAACUUUAUGAGCAAACAGAGCAUAUAAUAAAUAAAAAGCUCAAUGAAUACGAAAUUUACCUUAAUUUGAUUGAUUUUGUUGUAGAGAUUAAUUGUAAAUAUUUCAAUGGUGCAAGGCAAGAGUAUUAAAUAAACCCAUUGAAACUUCGCUGUAUAUAUAAAGAAAACUAUAUGUGCUACUAAUACAUAUAUUUCCAUCUGAGGCUCAUAGGGCAUACCUGACCCUAUCCAAAUAAAAAUUAUUAUAUUAAUUAUUAUAAGUUGCACUGAGGUUUACAUUGUAAAUAAUUAUCUCAUACUAUCAUAUACAAGUUGAAAUGAAUGUUAACGCGUUAAAUAAAUAAAAUAUAUAUCUUUAGAUGUAGAACCGCAGGAAAAGCAAGCAAAAUUUUGCAGUUGAAAAUGAUGAUGAGAACUAUUUAAUUAAGCCUACUUAAGAAGCUCAGAAUACUUAAAUAUAAUGUCGGAAAAUUAUACCUAACGUCUAAGUUAGUUAUAACUUAUUAUAUAUGUAUUGAGCUCUAUAUAUGUGAAUAAGUGGCAUAUCUAUGUGACAUAUUUGUAUGUAAAUGUACGCAAAAGUUUACAGCAAAAAUAAAGCCCAAAAACAA